GGGCCUUAAUAACACCACAUCAACUGAAUUGGUGCUCGCACCUUUCUGAGGCCGCUUCCAAACUGUCAAUUGCUCGUCCGUUGGUCCAUUUCGUGUUGCCGAGAACCGCGUUGUCCAUUUUACCGCACCCAAUCUUCCGGUGUGUGAUCGAGGUUCGCCUUAUCCCUCUUGGUCAUGGCGAACGACGAAUACGACUUUCUCUUCAAGGUCGUUUUGAUCGGAGACUCAGGCGUCGGUAAAUCGAACCUACUGAGUCGCUUCACUCGCAACGAAUUCAAUCUAGACUCGAAAUCUACCAUCGGCGUGGAGUUUGCAACCAGAUCCAUCCAAGUCGAUACCAAGACCAUCAAGGCACAGAUUUGGGACACCGCGGGGCAGGAGAGAUAUCGUGCCAUCACGUCUGCCUACUACCGAGGAGCAGUCGGUGCCCUUCUCGUCUACGAUAUCAGCAAGCAUCAAACCUACGACAAUGUUACAAGAUGGUUGAAAGAGCUGCGGGAUCAUGCGGAUGCCAACAUUGUCAUCAUGCUGGUUGGGAACAAGAGUGAUCUGCGACAUCUACGUGCUGUUCCUACAGAAGAAGCCAAACAAUUUGCCAGUGAAAACAACCUCUCUUUCAUUGAGACCUCGGCGCUGGAUGCAAGCAACGUCGAACUGGCUUUUCAGAAUAUCCUGACAGAAAUCUAUCGGAUCGUCUCGAGUAAGGCUCUCGACAGUGGCGAUGCGGCGCAGGCACCAACUGGCGGUGUUAAGAUCGACAUGACUCCUUCGGGAGCGCCAGAUGCUAAAGGCAACAAGUGCUGUUAGAUUGCGCAGUACCAAACAUCAGUAAUUGUCAGGAGCACGGCGUUCUCAUGCUUUGCGCAUGACCCGGGUGACGAUGUAUUGAAUGUGAUCAUGAAUCUUACGGUUCGUCGGCGGGUUACAGUGGUUUGGGUCACACCAGACAGUUGCAUUUUUGCUCUGUUCUGCAAUCGAGGACUCCCCUUCAAGGUUUCCGUUCAGACUCUUCACAUUUCACAGGGAAUGACAUGUCGCAGCAUGAUACAAGAUAUUCCAGAGCAGGGAUUGUUCCGCUUCAAGUGUAAAGAUCAAUGGUCAUUUCACAUUAGAGCAAACUACCCGUAGCCGCAAGAGAGCCGGAGUGCUGAGCUAUGAUUCAUCGGUCUUUCGGGUUGCUGGUAUCCGUAAUGCUCUAUAAGCUUCUGUGAGGGUUGCCAGGCCAUGCAGAUAAGUGGCUCUAGUUUCUUUUCCUUUGGUGGAUGCGAUCGUGUAAAGAUAUGAUAUUUGGCCGCAUGCUCGGGGAGGUCGACUCGGCUCAUUUGUCCGUAUCCCGGAACGUCAUAAAUUCGCCCACGCUAUUUCGAACCUCGAGAACCAUUUGUUGCGUUGAGGCCUUGUCAGAUUCUCCCAUGUCAACGGGAGAGGUCCAUACCUGCAGCCUACCCUCCAGAGGUCAGCGAAGCAAUGCAACAUGGGCCAUUC